CACUUUGUCUAAAUUAGUAUGAAACCCCCCCAACUCCAUACACAUUACAUACAAUUUCUGCUAAUUUUGAGCUGCAAUGGAAACCCAAGCUGUUGCUCUUCGCCCUUCUCUUCAUUCAUCAGUUCCUUGUAUUCAGAUCCCCGAAAACCAUUUGGUUUCUGUGCUGCCCAAGAUUCGAACUCCAACGCGGCUUUCUCUGAGAAUUCAUUAUUCUUCUUCACACACUUUACUCUCCAAGAGGAACAUACAGUGUCGAAAUAGCGUUGAGAUAAUGGAUCGCCAAGGGGUUUCCGAUGUUGAAGAAGAGAAGCCAAAACCGAAACUUAGACGGAAAAAUCUGGCGGUUUUUGUAUCAGGUGGAGGCUCCAAUUUUAGGUCGAUUUAUGAGGCAACUCUUAAUGGGUCUGUUCAUGGCGAUGUUGUUGUUUUGGUAGCCAGUAAACAUGAUUGUGGGGGCGCAGAGUAUGCGCGGGAUAAGGGGAUUCCUGUUGUUGUUUUUCCUAGGAGGAAAGAUGGGCAAGAUGUUUUAUCGGCCGAAGAUCUUGUAAUUACACUUAGAUCCUACAAGGUUGACUUCAUUCUUUUAGCUGGUUAUCUCAAACUUAUUCCAGUUCAGUUGGUUCAGGCUUACCCAAAAUCCAUAUUGAACAUUCAUCCGUCACUUCUUCCGGCAUUUGGUGGGAAAGGUUAUUAUGGUAUGAAGGUGCAUAAAGCAGUCAUUGCUUCUGGGGCAAGGUAUUCUGGCCCUACAAUACAUUAUGUUGAUGAGCAGUAUGAUACGGGUCGUAUCCUUGCUCAACGGGUCGUUCCUGUGCUGGCUAACGACACGGCUGAGGAGCUAGCUGCAAGGGUUCUUCACGAGGUCUUUCAUUCUUACUGGGAGCAUAAAUUGUACAUAGAAGUAGUGGCAGCGUUAUGUGAAGAGCGGAUCACCUGGCGAGAAGACGGUGUUCCUCUCAUCCGAAGCAAAGAAGACCCCAAUGAUCUUUUUUAGCACACCACAACUGCAUAGCACAAUAUAGCAUCACCUUGAGUGUUGAGUCAAAAAUUUUGGCAGGGGGGCUCAGACUCUUCAGUUCAUCAUUCCCGCAAAAUUGAUGCGCUUUUUACAUCAGAUGAGUGUGAAAUAUUGGCGGCUUUUGUAUGCCAUUUACGUCAAGUCGAGGCCUUAACUAGUUUUACUGCUUUUUGCUCCAUUAUGAUGCUAAAAGAUAUCAGGGAUUUUGGGAGCUAAACAUGUAUUGUCUCCUUGAGUGACUAAUGUAUUUAUGCAGAGGUGUUUGUGAUAUUAUCUCCAUUUUCAUCCCGCUUGAGCUGAUAUAUGUAGCAAAAAAGUUAAAUUGCGUUGCGA